GAUCCGAUCAGGCGGAUUGCAUGCCUGGUGUCCGCGCGCAGCUCCUCUCCUCGUGCUCCGCGACUCCCGGGGCCGAGCUAUAAGUGGAACCGCGCGACGGCACUGGUCCGCCACACUGUUCCACUGUCCCAUCGAUCGAUCAAGGAAAGAGUUGAGAAGAGCUCACGAGGGAGCCCGGCAUGGCGGAGAACACGAGCACACGCUGCUUGCUGCUGCUCGUGCUCGUCAGCGCGGCUGCUGGGGUGGCUUCGGGCAUCGCCGACGGCCCAUUACCAAACGGCAUCUUCGAGCAAGGUCCGGACGCAUCCCAGCUGAACGGCACGAGGGUGACGAGGCAGGACGCCAUACCCUGCUGGGAGAUCUCAGGGUUCGUGGAGUACAUCCAGUCCGGGCAGAACCAGCAGGACGGCAUGGUCCUGGCGGUGCCGGAGGGCGCGCACGCCGUGCGGCUGGGCAACGGGGCGUCGAUCCGGCAGCAGCUCACCAACCUGGCCCGGCGCUCGUACUACUCCAUCACCUUCAGCGCGGCGCGCACCUGCGCGCAGGCCGAGCAGCUCAACGUGUCGGUCGCCCCGGAGUCCGGUGUCCUCCCCAUCCAGACCGUGUACACCAGCAGCGGGUGGGACUCCUACUCCUACGCCUUCAAGGCCAGGCACACCACCGCGUGGCUCACCAUCCAGAACCCCGGCGUCGAGGAGGACGCGGCGUGCGGCCCGCUCGUCGACGCCUUCGCCAUCAAGACCAUCAGCCCUCCACACCACGAAAAGGGUAACAUGCUGAAGAACGGAGACUUUGAGGACGGUCCGUACAUCGCCCCGGACAACCCGUGGGGCCUGCUGGUGCCGCCGAUGGACGAGGACGACGUCUCCCCGCUGCCGGGGUGGAUGAUCAUGUCCGACACCAAGUCCGUCAAGUACGUGGACGCGGCGCACCACAAGGUGCCGCACGGCUCCUACGCCGUGGAGCUGGUGGCCGGCAGCGAGUGCGCGCUGCUGCAGGAGGCGCGCACCGUGGCCGGCCGGUCGUACAGGCUUUCCUUCUCCGUCGGGGACGCGGGCAACGGCUGCGCCCAGCCCCUGGCCGUGAAGGCGUCCGCGGCGUACUCCAGCCAGGUGGUCACGUACGAGUCCCAGGGCACGGGCGGGUCCAAGCGCGCGGAGCUCGAGUUCGCGGCGAUCGCGGACGCCACCCGCGUCGUGUUCCAGAGCAUGAACCACUACAUGAAGCCCGACGGGACGCUGUGCGGGCCGGUCGUGGACGACGUCUCCCUCGUCAGCGUGCACAAGCACGCGGCGCGCCGCCUGUUCAUGUAGUUCGAUUCGAUUUGCCGCGUGAAAACAUGUACCAGCUUUUUGCCUCGUCGGCUCAGAAUUGUAUCGGUAGUACCAGUAGCUGUUAAGGCGCAUCCAUGGUCAGAAUUUGCUCCGGCGUUAUGUGACCGAUAUCCGACCAAUAGGCCACCAUUUUUUUAUCUUUAGAAACGCUGUUGGUCAGCAGUAAUUCAGGU